GAGCGAAUGGAAGGUUUCCGGCUGGGCAUGCGUCUUCCUUUUCCACCACCAUUCGAGUGGCACGCCUCUUGAAAGGCGUCAUGACCUGCGUUGUUUCUUUCCUCAAUCCUCAGUUUCUUCCAGUCAUCCAUCAGAGACCGGCGCCGAUCUUCAGCCCCUAGCUGGCUCCCCCGCUUCAUUGGUCACAUACCAGAGACCCUGCAUCUUUCUUCUGCUACCUCGCGUGUAACACAACCUCUGAAGUGGGUUUAGCCAGCAUUUUGCGGGCCACUCCUAGCAUUUCCCGUCUUCACGUGGGCAUAUGAAAUACGCUGACUGGACGAGCAAGAUGCAUAGAAGAACGACAGAACGAAGAAUGCCCUCGUUCUGUCACCACCUCAUGGCGUUCAGCUUCGGUAAACAGAUGAGGACAAGCCAGCCGAAGGGACACGGAUCACCUUAAAAUGGAAGAGACAAAAGGCAGAGUUGCCGACCAUGAACUCCGACAGACCUUCGCCAGAUAGUUCAAGCACUCUCAACAACCAACAGCCAACAUGGCACUCGACCAGUUUACCUAUGUUUUUGUCAUUGGCACCUUCUUUGCCCUGUUGGAUGCCUUCAACAACGGCGCCAACGACGUGGCAAAUGCCUGGGCCACGUCCGUUAGUUCCCGUUCGAUUUCCUAUCGACAGGCCAUGAUCUUUGGCACCAUUUUCGAGAUGUUGGGCGCCAUCACCGUUGGCGCCCGCACGGCCGAGACCAUCAAGAACGGCAUUAUCCCCCACGCUGCCUUCCAAGACAAUGCCGGCGUGCAGAUGCUCGCCUUUACCUGCGCCCUGGCUGGUGCGUCGACCUGGGUCAUGUGGUGCACCCGACACUCGGCUCAUGUCUCCUCGACAUACUCUUUGGUCUCCGCGGUUGCCGGUGUGGGCGUUGCGACAGUCGGCGCAAAACAGGUGCAAUGGGGCUGGAACGACGGCAAGGGCCUGGGUGCCAUCUUCUCUGGGCUCGUCAUGGCACCCGCCAUCUCAGCCGCCUUUGGGGCCACCAUUUUCAUGCUCAUCAAGCUGGUAGUGCACCUGAGAAAGAACCCCGUUCCAUGGGCUGUGUACUCGUCUCCCUUUUUCUUCCUGAUUGCCGGCACCGUUUGCACGCUGUCCAUUGUCUACAAGGGAUCCCCGAAUCUGGGCUUGAACAAGAAACCUGGCUGGUACGUCGCGGCCGUUACCAUGGGUACAGGUGCCGGCGUUGGGAUACUGGCGGCCAUUUUCUUCGUGCCGUUUGUUGAUGCCAAGGUGAUCAAGAAGGAUCAUGGAGUCAAGUGGUGGAUGUUCAUCUACGGGCCUUUACUGUUCAAGAGACCAGAAGUUGCCGUCAUGGAUAGAGCCAACGUUCCAAAUUACGCCGUUGUCCAGGAGGACUCGGGAGAUGAGGAACAGCCCCAGGCCCUUCCCUCCAAGUCCUCACCUACCCCAACGGAGAGCGGAAGCAACCCGGAGAAGAAGCUGGAUCAGGACCCGGAGCUCGGGGAGGCCCCGGUUCAGUUGACAUACAAAGAGAUCCAAGCCCAAGGGGAGCGGAAGCUACACGCCAAGUUGCUCAAAAAGAGGGGUCCCAUGGGCUGGGCCAUGCGCACCCUCCGCGACAACCCGAUGGGACCAGGCCGGAUAUACGAGAUUCACAACAUCCGCAUGUUCCUGAAACGCUUGCCGGCCAUGGUUGUCUGUGGUCUAUUGUAUGGUCUUCACUACGACAUCCACGCCGCUCAGUCGGGAAUAGCAGGCACGCCCGAGGGUGAACGGAUGGCCAGAGUGUACGCCGAGGCCAAGAAGUAUCCGAACGAGGUUGAGCACACAUAUAGCUUUGUCCAGAUUCUGACGGCUUGCACGGCUUCAUUUGCUCAUGGCGCCAACGACAUUGGAAACUCGGUUGGCCCCUGGGCUGUUAUCUACUCUGCCUGGUCGACUGGGAGUGCCGCUGCCAGCAAAGCCGAGGUGCCAAUUUGGCAGCUGGCUGUCUUGUCAGCAACCAUCUCUGUGGGCUUGUUGACAUAUGGCUACAAUAUCAUGAAGGUCAUGGGCAACAAGAUCACAUAUCACUCCCCAAGCAGGGGCUGCUCCAUGGAGAUGGGAGCCGCCAUCACAGUACUCGUGUUCAGCCAGUACUCGCUUCCUGUAUCAACGUCAAUGUGCAUCACUGGUGCCACCGUCGGAGUCGGGCUCUGCAAUGGUACCCUCAAGGCCGUGAACUUUCAGCGGGUCGGCUUGCUGAUGCUCUCCUGGAUUGCGACAAUUCCUAUCGCCGGCACUAUCGGCGGUGUCCUGAUGGGCUUGUUCUUGAAUGCCCCUCACUUUUAAGAGGGUCUGUGACAGCUUCCAUGGUCAAGGUUAAGAUGUAUGGCUGUUGUAAUGUAGUACAUGGGUAGUCAAAUAGACACUUGACAAAUCUACCACAAGUUCGUUUAUUUCUUCCC